CAGGGGGGCUUCCAGUGCUCCGUCUGCAGCAAACGCUUCCCGCUGCAGCGCAUGCUGAACCGCCAUCGCAAGAGCCACAGUCCCGUCAAGAGGCACCUGUGCCGCUACUGCAGCAAAGGCUUCAACGACACCUUCGACCUCAAGAGGCACCUGAGGACGCACACAGGCAUCCGUCCGUACCGCUGCUGCCUCUGCCAGAAGGGCUUCACCCAGCGCUGCUCCCUGGAGUCUCACCUGAAGAAAAUCCACCGCAUCCCCCAGACCUACGGCUACCGGGAACGCCGGGAAAAGCUCUUUGUGUGCGAGCAGUGCGGCUUCACUUGCGGCACCAGUGACGAGUACUAUGGGCAUGCGGGCCAGGGCCACUCCGCCGGGCCCUACCUGGGGGGCGGCUUCCCUGAGCCCUGA